AUGACUACGUCUAAUUCAAGUUCUAGAGAUAUAAGCCUGCAACUGUCGUCGUCACCGGUUUUGAAAGUUGCAGACAUUACCGAUGCCCUCGAAGAUUCGUACCUGGAUAUUUUAUCAGACGAUGAUGACGCUAAACAGUCAGAAGAGUCACCUCUUAAGAAGAGAACUAAUAAAAUAUGGAACGUUGCACCACUGUUCGAUGUUGUUCUUCGCGGUUGUCGCGCUCAGCCGAGAAUGGAUCACAUCAGCAUAGACGAAAUGAGUAUACCAUUUAGUGGCCAGUGCGGUAUACGUCAAUACUGUCCAGGAAAGCCUAAUCCCGUUGGUAUAAGAUAUUUGUGUAACAGUUUGAGAUAUGGUGAUUUAUCAAGGGUGUACGACAUUAAAAAAAUUAUGUAA